ACAAGCUACUUCAUAGGGUUUUUAUGAGCAUCACAUGAAAUAAUAUAUAGCAUAAUGGUGCUACAAAAUAGUGAAAACUCAACAUAUAUUCGUUCUGUCGAGCCUAAUCUCAUUUGGGUUGCAAAAAAAAAAAAAAAAAGCUUCAAUGAGGAUUUGGUGAAUGUGUGCAAACACCUUAUCCUUCCCUGCCUCCACUUUAGAACUCAUUGAUGUGGUUGCACGUGGCUCUAGUGUAGCUGCCCAGAGCUCAGGCUGCCCUCCACCUAUUUGGGGCAAAAUCCUGCUUCAAAGUAUGAGUACUUUUAUCUUGGGUGAAGCCAUUCUUGUCUUCUUUUUCUAUCUUCAUUGCUUAGGCUUAUGCCCCCUAAUUACUAAGUGAGGCUGGAGUUUCAUACUAUGGGGGAAAUUUGGAGAUUUGGGUAGGAGAAAGAGGCAUGAGAAGCUAAAAAGACGCCGGGGUUGUCUAUGCUGGCUCAUGCUUCAUGGUCUUGAGGUUUAACAGGCUGAGGGCUGGUCUGAGUGUCGCCUGCUCACACACACUUAAAGGAAGUAUACCCCGGGCCCUGCCUGCUCCUUAGGACAGAAACACACACACACACACAGAGAGAGAGAGAGAGAGAGAGAGAGAGAAACAGAAGAUAAUAUAGAUGUACAAAUUUACUAUAAACUUAAACUCCUAAGCCUUGUUACAGGUUCCCUGGCCGCAGACGGCUCCUUUAAGAGGCGGGCCCCAUCCCGGCUAACAGAGGAAGUCCCCGCCCCCGGUUGCCAAGGUGCUCUGUGGCGUCGCAUUCUCAUUGGUGGGCGACGGUGGGGAGGCACCCAGAGGCGGCCAUUUCCAACGAGCUGGCGGGGGCGAAAGAUGGCGACGCCCCUUGGGUGGUCGCAGGGGGGGUCAGGAUCUGUGUGUCUCGCCUUCGAUCAACUGCGGGACGUGAUUGAGUCUCAGGAGGAACUGAUCCACCAGCUGAGGAAUGUGAUGGUUCUCCAAGACGAAAAUUUUGUCAGUAAAGAAGAGUUCCACGCAGUGGAGAAGAAGCUGGUGGAAGAAAAAGCUGCCCAUGCCAAGACCAAGGCCCUCCUGGCCAAGGAGGAGGAGAAGUUACAGUUUGCCCUCGGAGAGGUAGAGGUGCUGUCUAAGCAACUGGAGAAAGAGAAGCGGGCCUUUGAAAAAGCGCUCUCCAGCGUCAAGAGCAAAGUCCUACAGGAGUCUGGCAAGAAGGACCAGCUCAUCACCAAGUGCAAUGAGAUUGAGUCUCACAUUAUAAAGCAAGAAGAUAUACUUAAUGGCAAAGAGAAUGAGAUUAAGGAGUUGCAGCAAGUUAUCAGCCAGCAGAAACAGAUCUUCAGGAAUCACAUGUCUGACUGCCGGAUCCAGAAGCAGCAGGAGAACUACAUGGCCCAGGUGCUGGACCAGAAGCAUAAGAAAGCCUCGGGGACGCGUCAGGCUUGCAGCCGCCCGCGUCUCAGGGAAAAAUAAAAUGGCUGUUCUCUGGCUGAAAUGCC